AUGUCUGUCGUGUCGCUUCUCGGUGUGGAGGUCAAGAACAACCCCGCGCGCUUCGACGAGCCGUACGAGUUUGAGAUCACCUUUGAGUGUCUCGAGCAACUACAGAAGGAUCUCGAGUGGAAAUUGACCUAUGUUGGCUCUGCGACCUCAAACGAGUAUGAUCAGGAACUCGACUCUGUCCUCGUCGGCCCCCUCCCCAUUGGCGUCAACAAGUUCCAGUUCAAGGCCGAUGCACCCAACCUCACGCGCAUCCCCAACAGCGAGAUCAUCGGUGUCACAGUCAUCCUGCUUAGCUGCAGCUACGAUGAGCGCGAGUUUGUGCGUGUCGGAUACUAUGUGAACAACGAGUACACAGACGAGGCGCUGGCACUGGACCCGCCUACCAAGCCUGUCAUUGAGAAGGUGCAGAGGCAGAUCCUGGCAGAGAAGCCGCGAGUCACGCGCUUCGCCAUCAAGUGGGACUCCGACGAGUCUGCACCCCCCGAGUUCCCCCCUGAGCAGCCAGAGGCCGACCUCAACGCCGACGGCGACCAAUACGGUAUCGAGGAAGAGGAAGAGGAGGAGGCCGAAGAGGCUGAGGGUGAAGGUGUCGCCGCCGAGGGUGAGGAUGCCGCCAUGGCAGGUGCCGAGGACACUGCAGGCCCCGCCGCUGACGACGACGCUGAGUCCGAGGCCGGCAGCGAGGAGAUCGACAUCGAGGACUCAGAAGACGAUGAGGAGGAAGAGGGUGAGGAGGGCGGAGAUGACGACAUGGAGAUGGACGAGGGUGAGGCGGGCGCUGCCAGCGGUGACAAGCCAGCCCAACAACAGCCAGGAGGUGCCCCGCAGCAGCAACAGCCUGGUGCGGAUGUCAUGGUUCACUAG